AUGGGAGCCACGUUCUCGUCUAAGGUCGAGUUCGACCCUGCUAAGGACCUGCCUGACUUGAAGGGCAAGGUCGUUCUCGUCACUGGGGGAAGUAGUCAGGGUAUCGGAUACGCGACCGUGCAGCACCUCGCGCGCAAGGGCGCCAAGGUCUACAUGGCCUCGCGAAGCGAGUCUCUUGCCAAAGAAGCGAUACUUCGUCUGCACCGGGAAGGCCUAGGACCUGGGAACGGCGAGGUCGAAUAUCUCUCGCUCGACCUGGGGGAUCCUCGCAAGACGAAGGCGAGCGCCGAGGCAUUCCUGGCGAAGGAGAAGCGAUUGGAUAUCCUGAUCAACAACGCGGCCCAACUGUAUGCGCAACCCACCAUGGGACCCGAUGGGAUUAUUGAGUCUAUGAUGACCAACUACUUCGGACCUGUGGUUUUCACGAACACCCUACUCCCACUUUUGAAGCAGACCGCUCAAAAGCCUGACAAUGACGUCCGCAUUGUUGUGGUAGCCUCAGACUCCGCACUCGAGUUUUCCAGAAAAGAGGUCAAUUUCAAGACCGUCGAGGAUCUGAACGAGACCUUCGGAACGGGGAUUCUACACGGACAGUCACGCUACGCCAAGUCGAAGCUCGCGAACGCGCUCUGGGCGAAAGAGCUCCAACGCAAGCUCGACGCCGAAGCGUCACCCAUCCCCGUCGUCACGGUGCACCCAGGUCCCGUCAUGACCGAGGGCGUCGAGAACUACCCGGCGAUACCCAUCGCGUUCCUGCGGUCCUUGGUCCUCUUCCUCGCGCGGCCGUUAUUCAGCACAGCGAGCGUGGGCGCGUACCCCUCAGUCUUUGCCGCGGCGUCUCCGGUCGUCAAGGCGCAGAGCGACAAGUACAAGGGUGCAUAUCUGCGCCCGCCGUGCACUAUCGGGCCGAUGGAGCUGGCGGAGGACGAGCAACGAGCGAAGGACCUGUGGAGCAUUACGGAGAGGAUGCUCAAGCAGUGGGACGUCUGA